AAGAUCUGAAUAGACAUUUCUUGAAGGAAGAUAUACAAAUGGCCAAUAAGCACAAGAAAAGAUGUUUAACAUUAUUACUCAUCAGAGAAAUGAAAAUCAAAAUCAUAAUGAGCUGCCACUUCAAAUCUACUAGGAUGACUAGAAUCAAAAAGUCAGAUAACAGCAAGUGUUGGGAGGAUGUGCAAAAUUAGAAUGUGGAUACACUGCUGGUGGUAAUGUAAAAUGGUGAAACUCUUCUGGAAAAAAGAUUGACAGUUACUCAAAUCUACAGAUACUUUAUGACCUAGCAAUUCUACUCCCAGAGAAAUGAAACAUAUGUCCACACAAACACUAUCAUAGAUUAUUUAUAAUAGUUAAAAGGUGGAAACAACCCAAAUGUCUAUCAACAGAUGGAUGGAUAAUCAAAAUGUGAUAUAUCUAUACAUUGGAAUAUUAUUCAGUCACAAAAGGAAGAAAGUACUGGCAUAAACUACAACUUGAAUGAACACUGAAAACAUGCUAAUUGAAAGAAGCCAGUCACAAAAGUCCACAUGUUGUUAUUAUUCCACUAACAUGAAAGUACAGAAUAUAGAGGUCUAUUGAAACAGACAGUAAAUUAGUGACUGAUUAGGGUUUGGGGCAAGAGGGACAGGGGAAUAGUGGGUGUGAUAGCUCAAGGGUACAGUUUUAUGGGAUGAUGAAAAUGUUCUAAAAUUGGCUGUGGUAAUGGAUGCACUACUCUGAAUAUACUAAGAAGCCACUGAAUUAUACACUUUAAAUGGAUGAAUUGUAUGGUAUGUGAAUUAUAUCUUACUAAAACUGUUUUUUUAAAAAAGAAUAAAACAAAUUAUUUGCAUCACAAUAAUUUAAAAGCAUCCCAAAGCAUGCAGGCCUAACCUUGAGAUCUGGCUAUUUGGGAAAUAAUUUUCCAAUAAUUUGAAACUGUGAAAACUUACAGUUGUUAGUCUUAGGUUUUGGAAAGAAGAGGAGUAACCUACUCUUGAUAAGUCACUUUGGAACUGCUAUCGAUUGCAAUUUUGCAGUGUCAACUCAUUUGUAAUUUUAUAAUAUGUAUGUAUCAUGAAAAAUGUGUACUUAUGAAACUGUUCCCAUGUUACUUUGAAAACAUUUUGCUUCUAAAUUUAUGUCCUUUUCAACUUAAAUGUUAAAUUAUUUUACUUAACCAUUAAACCUCAACAGCUUUAAAGAGUCAAUAAUAUAAGUGACAGUUUGCUCCGUGCAACAACACACAGAAAACAUGUGAAAAUAGAACUCGGUAUUUUAUAUUACAGAAUACAAUUUACACAAUUUAUUUGGUACACUUAAGAGAAUUCUGUAUCCAAUGUUAAGCCAGAAAAUAUAAGACGCAGUGAGAACGCAUGGUGGCGCUGCAGGUUAAAUGAUGGAAAACAGAAUUGCCUCCACAGCUCCAGUAUCCAGCCAAACAGUUUCACACUGCCUGGAAGCUAAAGAACAGCCUUCUCAGCCAGAGUGAAUUGAGUUUGAACCUUUAUAAAACCUCUAUUUAGCAACACACUUCCACCAUUCUGGACUUCAAGACCGGGCUACAAGGAUACUGGGCAUACAUGAAGCUCCUGUGAACCAAAUUUUCAGGAAACAGCAAUGGAGACUGGAUGGAUGUGCAAUCGGAGACAAAGGCAAGUCCUAGUUUUCUUUCUUUUGCUGAAUAUGUCUGGGGUGGGUGCCGAGUUAGGGCCCUAUUCAGUAGUGGAAGAAACGGAGAAGGGAUUCUUUGUGGCAAAUCUAGGAAAAGACCUGGGAUUGGGGUUGACGGAGAUGUCCACCCGUGGGGCCCGGAUCAUUUUUCAAGGUCACAAAGAGUAUUUGCAGCUCAAGGUUCAGACUGGAGAUUUGCUCAUAAAUGAGAAACCAGACCGAGAGGAGCUAUGCGGUUCCAUUGAGCCUUGUGUACUACAUUUCCAAGUGCUAAUGGAAAAUCCCUUAGAGAUAUUUCAGGCUGAACUGACGGUAAAGGACAUAAAUGACCAUUCUCCUGUGUUCACGGAAAGAGAAAUGAUUCUAAAAAUACCAGAAAACAGUCCUCUAGGAAUCGCAUUACCUCUGAGUAAUGCUCUGGACUUGGACGUGGGAAGCAACAAUGUUCAGAACUACAAAAUCAGCCACAACCUGCAUUUCCAAGUUCUAACCCACAAUCUCAGCGAUGGCAGAAAAUAUCCGGAGCUAGUGUUGGACAAAGAGCUGGAUCGGGAGGAGGAGCCUGAAAUCACAUUAACCCUGACAGCGCUGGAUGGUGGCUCUCCACCCCGUCAGGGGACCGCCCAGGUGCUCAUCGAAGUGGUGGACGUCAAUGAUAACGCCCCUGAGUUUGAGCAGCGGCUCUACAAGGUGCAUAUUCCCGAGAACAGUCUUGUUGGCUCCCUGGUUGUCAACGUCUCUGCCAGAGAUUUAGACAGCGGUGUCAAUGGAAAAAUAUCAUAUUCAUUCUUUCAGCCUUCAGAAGACAUUAGCAAAACUUUAGAGGUAAAUCUUGUGACAGGAGAAAUUCGACUGAAAAAACAAGUAGAUUUUGAAACAGUGCGGUCUUAUGAAGUAGACAUCAAAGCCACUGAUGGGGGAGGUCUUUCAGGAAAAUGCACUCUUCUCCUGCAGGUGGUGGAUGUGAAUGAUAAUCCUCCAAAAGUGACCAUGUCAGCAUUCACCAGCCCCAUCCCAGAGAACUCGCCUGAGAUCGUAGUUGCUGUUUUCAGUGUUUCAGAUCCUGACUCAGGGGAUAACGGAAAGACUAUUUCUUCCAUCCAGGACGACCUUCCUUUUCUUCUAAAACCUUCAGUCAAGAACUUUUACACCUUGGUAACGAAGAGAGCACUAGACAGAGAAGAAAGAGCCGAAUACAACAUCAUUAUCAUUGUCACUGACUUGGGGACACCCAGGCUGAAAACGGAGCACAACAUAACCGUGAAGGUCUCUGACGUCAACGACAACGCCCCAGCCUUCACCCAAACCUCCUACACGCUGUUCGUCCGCGAGAACAACAGCCCCGCCCUGCACAUCGGCAGCGUCAGCGCCACAGACAGAGACGCGGGCGCCAACGCCCAGGUCACCUACUCGCUGCUGCCGCCCCAGGACCCGCAGCUGCCCCUGGCCUCCCUGGUGUCCAUCAACGCGGACAACGGGCAGCUGUUCGCCCUGAGGGCGCUGGAUUACGAGGCCCUGCGGGUCUUGGAGUUCGGCGUGGGCGCCGUGGACCGCGGCUCCCCGGCGCUGAGCAGCCCGGCGCUGGUGCUGGUCUACCUGGUCAUCGCGUUGGCGUCGGUGUCGUCGCUCUUCCUGUUCUCGGUGCUGGCGUUCAUCGCGGUGCGGCUGUGCAGGAGGAAUAGGGCCGCCUGGGUGGGUGGCUGCUCGGUGCCCGAGGGCCACUUUCCGGGCCACUUGGCGGACGUCAGCGGCACGGGGACCCUGUCUCACAGCUACCAAUAUGAGGUGUGUCUGACGGGGGGCUCGGGGACCAGCGAGUUUAAGUUUCUAAAACCGAUUAUCCCCAAUCUCGUAUCCCAGAAUUCUGGGAGAGAAAUGGAAGAAAAUCCAUCCUUUCGAAAUAGCUUUGGCAUUUAAUUAUUGAUAAGAACCUAUUUAAUAAGGACAAUAACUUCUAAUAUAUAACUUCUAAUAUAUUAUGUCGAUUAAUAAAUUGCUUAAGUUCACUACCACCAAUAAGAUGCUGUUUUCAUUUUGGUUCAUCCUCAAUUUCCAAUUUUACAUUUAGGUCAGAAGUUUUCUAUUCCUCAUGUAUUUGCUUUACCUUCAAAAUUGAUAUUAUUAAUUUUUCCACCAUAUAAAUGUCU